UGCCGACUGUAAUAUCUAAUAAAAGUCUAAAGCUGAGUUUGGUGAAGUAGAGGAGCCAAAUCCACCCCACCUGGCUUUUCUUAGCAGCAAGGAGAGAAUGCAAUGAAUAAGUUAUUUGUAGUAGGUUUUAGGACUGAUAUUGUGAGUUGAAUGCUUAAAAUCGUAUAUUUUGUGACACACCAUAAAUAGCCAAUGUGGAAAGGUGUUCUUCACAUAGAAUUAUAAUUAGCUUUUUGUUUUUCCUAUGGCUAGGAUGAUGGAUGAGUCCUGAUGUGUUUUCUCUUCUCGAGUCUGGUAUGCAUUUUUUUUAAGGAGACACAGUACAGCUGGUGUGUGGAGAUAUAAUGGGACCUAACAAAAUAGUGUUGAGACGACUGCCUUAAUUUGUUUGAAGCAAGAAUCAUAUUCUUCUUAAUUUCCAUUCUUGCUAGCAACUUGACGAAAUGGCCCUUUUUUACAGCGAGUAUUGGGCUUUUGUUUUCGGCGUUAUAGGCAAUGUCAUCUCUUGUAUGACCUUCCUCGCUCCAUUACCAACAUUUUACCGAAUCUACAAGAAGAAAUCUACUGAAGGGUUUCAAUCAGUUCCUUAUGUUACUGCAUUGUUGAGUGCAAUGCUUUGGAUCUAUUAUGCACAUGUCAAAAACAAAGCUACACUCCUUCUCCUCACAAUUAACAUAUAUGGAUUUGGAAUAGAGGCAAUUUACAUUAUAAUCUUCCUACUUUAUGCCUCAAAUAAAGCAAGGCUUUCGACCAUCAAGCUUCUUUUCUUAACUGUGUGUGGAUAUGGUACGAUGGUUAUUUUAACCACAUACCUAACAAAGGGAUCCAAACGUCUUUCUAUUAUUGGAUGGAUAUGUAUGGUUUUUAACAUAUGUGUAUUUGCUUCUCCUCUCUUUAUUUUGAAACAGGUAAUAAAGACGAAAAGUGUAGCAUUCAUGCCGCUAAAUUUGUCUUUCUUUUUGACCUUAAAUGCUAUUGUGUGGUUCUUCUAUGGUCUUCUUAUCGACGACUUUUAUAUCGCUAUACCAAAUACGCUAGGGUUUGUUUUCGGUAUAGUUCAGAUGGUGAUUUAUUUAAUUUAUAAAGAUGCCAUUCCACUAGAGUCAACGAAGUUACAGAAACCAAAUGACCAUGUUCUUAACAUUUGUGAAGAUGUGCCCAAUGGUGCUCUCCAACCCGACCCGAAUCAAGUAGUCAAAAGUGGUGCUCCGGCUGUCGCAGUGAUCGGUGAUGAGGAUCCAAAUAACGGAAAAUGAGAAACAAAAGAAUAAAUAGAAGAAUGAGAUGUGCUGCUAUACACAGUGUGAGCUCAAAAAGGGAAAAUAAAAAUAGAAAUGAGGUUAGAGAAAAGUUAACCUAAAGUUUAAUUACUUUAUGAUGGUUAUAGUGCUGUGGAGCCUCCUACAAAAGCAGGUGUUAAGGAUACUUUUGUUUAAUUAAUGUAUUUUCAUGAAUGAGUAAUUGAACACUAGCCGUAACAAGAAAGUUUUAUGAAUUGAUUUCUGAGGUGUAAAAUUGAUUUUGGCAUGUUUAAUUGUUCUCGAGUAAAAAUAAUUUUGCCUA